AUGAUUCCAGCAGCACCUGCAUGCCUUCCUUGGCACGCAGCCUACCCUGCCCCAAGGACUGUUGCAAGUUCGAUAUCCCGCCUCGAACUACUUGGAUGGAUGAAGGAAGGCAAGAAGGUCGGAAAAGACUAUAUUCUAAUUGAUUUACGUCGCACAGACUUUGAGGGCGGUACCAUUCGAGGUUCAUUGAAUCUUCCUGCACAGAGUCUGUAUCCUACCAUUCCGACUUUAUAUUCUGUUUUUUCGCAAGCCAGAGUCUCCAAAGUCAUAUGGUACUGUGGCUCUUCUCGAGGUCGUGGAACACGUGCGGCUGGCUGGUUUGCGGGAUAUCUGGAAGAACAGAAAGAUGGGGGAAUGGAAAGUCUCGUCCUCGAGGGGGGCAUUAAGGGUUGGGCAGCAGCCGGCGAAGAUUAUACUCGGCUGAUGGAUGAAUACGAUGAAUCGAAAUGGACGGAGUAG